AUGGUUUAUCAACACGGAGACCACCAUGAUAUCCCCAAGAAGCACAGGGUUCACAAGCCUGGCGCGUGGCUUCCUGCCGACCAUCGUGUGCACAGAGAGUACAUGCGUCGCGUGACAAAGCACGCAGAUGACAACCCCAAAGAACUCAUCCCCGUUCUCCAAGAGUUCAAGGAAUUCAUUGAGAAGACAUCUCGUGUGUACAUGUACUUUACACAGAUGUUUGAAGAGAUCCCCCAGAAGCAACCAUACCUGAAUGAUCCCACGGGAACACCGCAGAUUCGCGACUAUGAGCACAUGCUGCAGGUGCUGAAUCACAUCUUUGGCACUGCGCCAGAGUGGACGGAUGCGGCUGAGAGUGUGGGCAUGGUUGGAGUACCACUUUGUGCGAUUUUCGAUUACCCUAUGGGAACACCCAGUGGAUAUGCUGCAUUCUUGGACCCUGAUGUGAACCGGAUGCUCAAAAAGGUCCUCAAUCACUGGGGCAAGUACCUCAUGACGCCCGACUCGGCAAAGGUCUUGGGUGAUCACACGCAGGGCUGGUUUGGCCCGACUGGUAUUCACGAUCUUGUCGAAGUUGCCAACAAGCCGAAUGGUACAGACAUGAAGUUUGAAGACAUGUUUAUCUGUGAUCCUUCAGCCAAAUACUACGGUUACAAGUCGUGGGAUGACUUUUUCACCCGUCAGGUCCGCGACGAUGCUCGUCCCGUUGCGUCUCCUGAUGACAACCUUGUUAUCGCCAACUGCUGUGAGUCCCGAGUGUACAACAUUGAGCACGGCGUCAAGCUCCGCGAUCGCUUCUUCGCAAAGGGCCAACCCUACUCCAUCCUCGAUAUGCUCGCCCACGACCCUCUAGCUGAGAAGUUCGCUGGCGGAACGAUCUACCAGGCUUUCCUCUCCGCUCUGUCUUACCACCGCUGGCACACCCCUGUCUCUGGAAAGAUCGUGCGCGCUUUCGUCCAGGACGGUACAUACUUUAGUGAGCCUCUCUUCCAGGGUGUAGGGCAGCCUGGAUCCAUGGAGAUUUCGUCUGCAGGUUUGUCACAGAGUCAGGGUUUCUUGAGUGCGCUGGCUACAAGAGCCAUCAUCAUCAUUGAAGCGGAUGAACCGGCUAUUGGACUGUUGGCCUUUGUCGGUAUCGGUAUGGAUGAGGUGAGUACCUGUGAAAUUACAGUCAAGGAGGGUGACCAUGUGAAGAAGGGUCAGGAGACGGGCAUGUUCCAUUUCGGAGGCUCGACGCAUUGUGUUAUUUUCCGCAAGGGUGUCAAGGUUGAAGGAUUCCCCGAGGUCGGAAGACAGGAGAAUGUGCCUGUGCGAAGCAAGCUGGCUGUUGUCAAGAAGUAA